CGCCUUAUUCACGAUCCAUCUUGCUGUACGUCCCGCCAAGGCCAUGCACGAUGCACGAUGCAAAAGGAUCAUGAAUAGGCUUGACGUACGUCGAUAAUUAUUAUUAAUUGUUUGCUGGAUUUGCACGACCGAUUUUGCGUCCAGCGAGUGUCCCCACCACCGCGAGCGUCGUGCAGAUAGACAGUGAAUAACGCUGACGUACGUCAGAGCGGUCCUGCGUCGUGCGUGCUUGAUCGUGUAUAGACUUGCUGUACAGCAGAUUUAACAUUUGUAGCUUGUUUCGAGAGGAGACUGCACGUCAAAAUGGAUCGUCAAACACUUUCAAGAUUUAUUGAAAGAUAUAAGUUCCACAUGUUUGUGGAAUGUCUCAAGCGCAGACUAUAUGAAUAAACAAAAAAUAAUAAACUUAUUACAAUUUUUUAGGCCCAUUUUAGGGGAAGCUGCAAGGAUUGAUAGCGUGCGUAAAAAAUGAUAUUAAUUAUUUGAGUAUACUCUGCACGUUUAAAAAAAUCAUCCAAAAUCCUCUUGCUAUUUUUUGCCUCUCUUCUGCUGGUGCUGACAACAUCAGAAGGACUCCCAUUUUAGGCGUUUUGAUAAAACAGCUGGCAUUUUAAAUAAAUUAAAACGCUCUCAUUUAAUUCGUUCGAUUUAUUCUGUUCGCGCUUGAUACAUCCAGCACCGCGGCCUUGAGCUGACGUACAGCCGUGAUGGAUCGUGAAUAAAGCGCUAAAUGCAUCGUGCAUCGUGCAUGGCCUUGGCGGGACGUACUUACAGCAAGAUGGAUCGUGAAUAAGGCGCUUAAGUUAAAACGCAUUGAUUGUUUUUUUGCAUCAUAGCUGCAUUAUGUAAUCAAACGGCCAUUUUUAAGAACGAUGACGCUUGUAUUCUGUGCUAUUUCUAUUCCCUUACGGAAAAAAAAAAAUGAUAUUUUCAUUUCAAAAAAAAUAAACAACAUUGGGCGAAUCGAUUAUUCGUGAACUAUUUUAAUUUUGGGACGAAUCAAUUAAAUAAAUUCAAGGAAAAAACGUAUGUUUAAGGAGUACGGCACAUUAAUUUUGAAGUAAUUUACGUAAUUUAGUAAGUCAGAAAAUUCAUACUGAAGUACGAAGGACCCUUUAUAGGUGGUAAAAGGUUUAGUUUUAUUUAGUUAUUUAAAAAAUAAUUGAAAAAUCUUUAUAAUUGUUAUAUUAUGUGUAAAGAGAUUUUACAAUUAUGAGUGAAAUACCUCACGCAUGUGGAGUUUGUCAAAAACGUUUCACAUGUAUUAGUCAUUUAAAACACGACACAAUGUAAUGAAACCUUAUGUUUGUGAAGUGUGCCAAAAAGGUUUUACGCAAAUGUUUUAUUUAAAAAAGCAUCUAAGAAUCAUCAGCGAAAAACUCCAUAAUUGUGAAGUGUGCGACAAAAGCUUUGCACAAGCAGUAGAGUUAAAAAGACAUCUAAGAACUCACACUGACAAUAAACCUUAUGUGUGUGAAGUAUGUGAUAAAAAGUUUGUGCUAAAAUGGCACCUCAAGGUACAUCAAAGAACACAUACUGGUGAAAGACCUUAUGUGUGUGAAGUAUGUGAUAAAAAGUUUGUGCUAAAAUGUCACCUCAAGGUACAUCAAAGUACACAUACUGGUGAAAGACCUUAUGUUUGUGAAGUGUGUGACAAAGGCUUUAAAAGAAUUAGUAAUUUUAAAAGGCAUCAGAGAGUCCAUGCCACAGAGAAGCCUUACAUUUGUGAAGUGUGCCACAAGAUUUUUUUAAGGAUGGAGACCUUACAGAGGCAUUUAAGUAGACAUAGUGGAGAAAAACCUUACAUGUGUGAAGUGUGUAAGAAGAGAUUUACACACAUAGCAUACCUGAAACGGCAUUUAAGAACCCACACUGAAGAUAAACCUUAUGUGUGUGAAGUAUGUGAUAAAAGGUAUAGGCUAAAAUGCAGCCUCAAGAAACAUCACAGAACACAUAGUGAUGUAAGACCUUAUGUUUGUGAAGUGUGUGAAAAAAGCUUUAAAAGCCUUUAUGAUUUAAAAAGACAUCUGAGAACCCACACUGGAGAUAAACCUUAUGUGUGUGAAGUAUGUUAUAAAAGGUUCAUGCUAAAACACAGCCUCAAGAAUCAUCAAGUAACACAUACUGAAGAAAGACCGUACGUUUGUGAAGUGUGUGACAAAGGCUUUAAAAGCCUUAAUAAUUUAAAGGGACAUCUGGAAACCCACACCAUGGAGAAGCCUUACAUUUGUGAAGUGUGCCAUAGGAGUUUUUCAAGGAUGAACAGAUUAAAGAAGCAUCUAACUAGACACACUGAAGAAAAACCUUACAUGUGUGAAGUAUGUGAUAAAAGGUUCGUGCUAAAACACAGCCUCAAGAAACAUCAAAUAAUACACACUGGUGAAAGAACUUAUGUAUGUGAAGUUUGUGACAAAGGCUUUAUGACCAUUCACAAUUUAAAAAAACAUCUGAGGACCCACACCACGUAAAAGCCUCACAUUUGUGAAGUGUGCCACAGGAAUUUUUCAAGCAUGGACACCUUAAAGAAGCAUCUAACUAGACACACUGGAGAAAAACCUUACAUGUGUGAAGUGUGUAACAAGAGAUUUUUACAUAAUGCAUACAUAAAACGGCAUUUAAGCACACAUGCUGAAAAGAUAAAUAGGCCCAUAAAGUUACAAAUAUAGUUUAAAUGUUAAAACGCAAAAUAAAAAUUAAAUCAUAAA